CUAUAAAAUGCAUCCUCGGUCUUGAUUUGUUUUGCUCAGCAAGAGUGAAAAAUGGAGAAGGUAGUUCCAAACCUUUUCUUCAUAGCUCUGUUCAUGUUCAUACCAUUACUAGGGCACUGUAGCAGCAUCGAAGAAAAUAGAGAAUUUGACCAAUGGUUUCAGAAGCUCGACAACUCAAAACCCAAGCUGACCCGAUUCCACUUCUACUUUCACGACAUCGUUUCAGGCUAUGGCCAGACAUCAUUCGUAGUGGUUCCACCACCCAAGAUCAUCAAGCCAUCGACCACCUUGUUCGGACAAGUCAACAUGUUUGACAACCCACUAACCAAGGGACCCGAACUCACGUCCGAGCUUGUAGGUAGGGCUCAGGGGCUAUACAGUUUCGCGUCCCAAGAAGAGCUCUGUCUACUUAUGGCCAUGACCAUUGUUUUCACCAGCGGCAAACACAACGGUAGCGGUGUCACUAUUUUGGGGCGCAACGCAGUGUUUCAAUCCCGGCGAGAGUUUCCAAUUGUCGGCGGAACUGGCGAUUUCCGGUUGGGCCGUGGAUUUGCGUCAGUCUCCAGCUAUUUUGUUAAUGCUACUCUUGGUAUUCUGGAAUAUAAUCUUAUGGUUAUACAAUAUUGAAUGAAAUAAUGAGAAUGGCGUGGUCUAUUCUCUACUUUUUUUAAUAAUACUGUUGUUCUGGUAGGGACUCUGCCGAGAAAAUUAGUGGCUUUUGCUGGAGAUAUGCGAGUAUUCUAAUGGGUUUUUUAUUGAAAUUGAAAAAGAGAUAAACAGGUCCA